AUGACGCGCCGUGCUCUGCAAUACAUUCAGGUUCCUUUGUCCUCGUUCACAGCUUCUCUCACACCAAGCGCAACUGCUGCAAAGCACUGUCCGGAGUGCAAAAGACCAUGGCGCCGGCGAUUCUCAUCAACACGAUCGUGUGAUAUGACCAGAUUGCGCACUGACAUGUUUAGCUGGCUAAACAGUCACGGCAAGAACUUUCUGGAUCCUGUCGAGGGGAAGACUAAUUACUUGACCGACUAUGAUAAGAGGGGUUUCCGGCGACACAAGGAGCCUGAUGCUGCAGGUGAGCAGGCAGACUCACCAGCAAGAGAGAAAGGUGCCCGCGAAGAGCCAAGACGCCCUUUUCCGCUCAACGAGCAUUUCUUCUCCCAACCUAUACUGUCCGAAGAGUUGAGGGAGGAAAUCUGGAGACGGGUCAAAGUUGACAAGAAAUCUAUACGCAAUGUUUCGGUCGAGCUCGGCGUGGAGAUGAGACGAGUCGGUGCUGUGGUGAGAUUACAGGAGCUGGAAAAGCAAUGGAGGGCAGAGAACAAGCCUCUUGCACUUCCCUACGCCGAAGCCAUUCACUCCAUGGUUCCUUCUACACCUCUCAAAACACCCCCCGUACCGCAUGAAACCGUCAACGACCUUCCUGUCCACAGCAUGACCCUCCCCCAACUCUUCUACCCGACAUCCGAAUCCCGCCAGUUCAACCGCGUCGACGCCGGCCGCAUCUUCUCUGGAGCACCGCGCCUUCCGGACGAAGCAGACAUCGCGCAAGGCGGGCAGAGCGUGGAACCAUGGAAAGAUACCUCCAUCGAGAUCGUCGGCAAGCCAGGCCACGAGAGGCCCGUCCUGAAAGCCGCAGACGCAAGAAUCCCACACCCGCAUUUGAUUGCUUACGAGAAGGAUAAGCUGGAUCCCGAGCUGGACGCCCUAGAGCGGCACGAGCGACACCAUGCCAGAUUGAGGGAAGAGAGGGAGCAAAGAGCCGGGAAGAAAGAGGCGCGCAGGAAGCAGAUAGAGAAGCACACGACGAGGGUGGAUACGGGCAGGUAUGAAUUCUUGAUCAGGGAUUGUCAGACCACGAGGCUGGGGACUGGAUUGGAUGGGAGAGGCACCGCGAGUCCCGGGAGGAGGUAUGGCGUGCCGAGUCAGGACAGGAAGAGAGGUGCAAUCAAGAUCCCAACGAAGGUUGAAGUGUAA